AUGGGAGGCAGCCUGCUUUUUCUCUGCUCUUUCCUGAUUCCAGUGAUCUUGGCAGAGGUGACUGAGCAAGAGAAAGAAAAGGAUCCCUUCAACUAUGACUACCAGACCCUGCGGAUUGGUGGCCUGACCUUUGCCGUCGUUUUCUUCACGCUUGGCAUCCUGCUCAUUCUGAGCAGGCGAUGCAGGUGCAGCUUCAACACGAAGGCCAGGGCUCCUGGUGAUGAGGAGGUGCAGGCUGAGAACCUGAUUGCUUCAAACGAAAGUUUGCCGGAGACCAAGAAAGCCAUAUUUUCUUAUGACUACGAGACCAUCCGCUACGGGGGGCUCAUCUUCGCCGUGGCGGCCUUCCUGAUCGGGCUCGCCAUACUCUUCAGUCGGCGGUUCCGUUGCGGAGGGAAGCAGCAGCGACGGCAGGUUUCUGAGGAAGACAAAAAAGAACCUCACCUUCCCAAGACGCAUACUGAAGAUGUGGGUACCAGCCUCUAUUUUGUGAACGACUCCAUUCAGCAGGUGACCUUUUCCAGCUCUGUGGGAGUGGUCAUCCCUUGUCCAGCAGCAGGAUCUCCCAGUGCCACCCUUCGCUGGUACCUUGCUACUGGGGAUGACAUCUAUGAUGUCCCACACAUCCGCCACGUCCAUGCCAAUGGGACUCUUCAACUUUACCCCUUCUCGCCAUCUGCCUUCAACAGCUUUAUCCACGACAAUGUUUACUUCUGUACUGCAGAGAACUCCGUGGGCAAAAUCAGGAGCCCAAACAUCCGGGUCAAAGCAGGGUGA